AUGACCCAUUGGAACAAGGAUCAGUGGAAAGUCCAGCAGGGACAGGGGUAUCCUCUCAGCGGGGGGCCGACGCCUGGACACUCUCAGCCAUAUGCCCAACCAGUCGUUCAACCCCAGUACGAUCCCCAAUCAUACGCAACCCAAAAAACACCCUUCGACGACGGUCGGUUUCAGCCGAAGAAUCGGGUCAACGACGUUCUCUUUCUCAUCCUUUUCAUUCUGCAGUUUGCAGGCUUUGCCGUGCUUUCAGGAAUCGCCAUCUCAGGGUACGUGUCAGAUAACGGGCUCGGGGGUGGUGUAGGCAAUGGUUCUCAAGUUGGCUCAUCGCUGACCCUCAAUCGGCAUACUGCCUAUCUUCUCUUGUUUGUCACUGCAGCAGCUCUUGUCUUGUCUGUAGCCUACCUCGUGCUCGCACGUUUCUUUACACGAGCUUUGAUGCACAUAACUCUCGUGUUGUCUAUAAUACUCAACAUCGCCAUUUGCAUUUAUUACUGGACUACAGGCUACUAUUCUGGGGCCAUCAUUUUCACUAUCAUCGCCUUGCUCUCGAUCUUUGCCUAUUUUGGUUUCAGGUCCCGCAUUCCACUGGCGUCCCUUCUCCUGCAAGUAGUAAUGGAUAUCUCCAAACACCACAAGAGUGUCUACGUCGUUGUCUUCAUCGCCUUGAUCUUGCAAGCUGCUCUAACCGUGUGGUUUUCCUAUACACUUAUUGCGAUAUAUACGAAAUGGACACCCGGUAGUCCAAGUUGCAGCAACGGAACUUCUUGUUCUGGGAGCACUGUGGCAGGCCUAAUAUUCUAUGCCGUAUUUUCGUACCUCUGGACAUCUCAAGUCAUUGGUAACGUCGCCUUAGCCACUCUUGCUGGUGGAGCGUACGGAAGCUGGUAUUACUUCGGACCUCGAGAACAACAACUGAUGCCAAAGCAUCCAACCCUCAGUGCAUUUGGACGUGCUUCAACGCUCUCUCUUGGGUCAAUAGCGUUUGGAUCCCUGAUUGUUACUGUUCUGGAAAUUGUUCGCCUUAUCCUGGAUGCUGCGAGGAACAAUGCAAACGCGCAAGGGAGUUUCGUAGAGGCGUGUCUUGCUUGCUGUGCAGAGUGCUUCGUUGGAUGUAUCGAAGGACUGGUAAGGUACUUUAAUAGAUAUGCCUACAUCGAAAUUGCGCUCUACGGAAAGCCUUACAUUAAAGCAGCAAAAGACACUUGGACCAUGUUUAUGGAUCGUGGGAUUGAUGCGCUUGUCAACGAUUCAUUGGUUGGCAUGACUUUGACGUGGGGAGCGUAUGCCAUCGGGCUUCUGUGCUCACUCUUCGGGUAUUUAUACCUACGCCUGACACAUCCUGCAUACAAUGCCGAUGGACAGUACACAGCGCCGGUGGUCUUGUUUGGAUUCCUUAUUGGACUGCAAUGCUCAAUGACAAUGUCUGCUGCCAUAGAGGCUGGUGUGUCCACUAUCUUCGUAGGUCUCGGAGAAGAUCCACAAGUAUUAGCUGCGCGUGCACCUGACCUAUUUGGGCUCAUUGCUACUACCUAUCCUCAUGUCGUUCAAGGAGUACCGAGGGUUUGA